CCCGCACUUUCCGUCCAUCACUGCGCUUCUCAACUCGAAUCUUUAACUUUCAUCUUCACCAAGCAAAGCCACGAUUAUCUACAAUCUUAACUAUCCUAUCCACGUACCAUAUUCCACCAUAAUACUCCACGCGGUCUCUCCUCGUCCCGUUCUCGGCUCCGGUGUUGCUGCUCCAAUGGUCACAGGCGUGGCCAAUCUGAAAGCAGGCUGCCUGUUUCGACUUCGAGAGGCCGUAGCCCCCCAGAUCAGACCGAAGAAUGUCACGAGCGAUCUUCGGAAAUCCAUCAACCUCUGGGACUUCCUUGCUAUCGAUGAACGGCCGCUCAUGAUCGUGGAUAAGCAGAUUGCCAUCGCGAACCGCUACAACUCGGACAUCUAUGAAUCCAUAGUCUUCAAGAAUCAGGCGUUCGAUCGGAUAGCUGCGUGCAUGGACGUGAGCGGGUUCCUUCGGGAGGUGCUGGACGCCAAACCCGCCUCGCCGCUGCAUUUGUCCGGCAAGACGUGGGGGAACUAUGUUCUCCAAGAUGGGAACUACAUCGUUAUCACGAGUGAGGCUGCCCAAUGCGAGGAGACGUUGAAUUGGACGCCGGCCGAAGGCUGGAGACCCUCCGAAGCCCCGAGCUCAAGCUAUCUGUUUCAAUACGUUCAGACCGAAACCUCGAAGUACGAAGUGAUCAAACGUGACUCGAUACCCCCGACGAAUCCAGUGCUGGACUGGACACGCAAAUCUUCGGCACCGUGGGUACCCGAGCACUAUUCCGAAUUUCAAGCGGUGAACUGGAAAGAUACGGCUGUAGGAGAGAUGAGCGGUUGGUCGGGUUCAAUGAGAACAGUCAUAAAUACUAUCAUGGUCCACCCCUAUCAGAUGGCGCUGUACUGGGGCAAAGAAUACGUCGUUAUAUACAAUGCAUCGUACAAAGACUGUGUCCGGAGGAGACAUCCACACUUACUCGGUCAGGAACUGGCAAAAGGCUGGAAAGAAGCCUACGACAAGAUUCGGGAACAUCUCGAUUCCUGCCGAAGAGGCAUCAGUAUCAUCCGGAGUGGGGAUUGCGCCCCUGUUGAUCGAGUCGACGUGGACGAAGAGUGUUACUUUGACUGGACGCUCACGCCGAUUCUGGAAAAGGCAGGCAAUGUCGGAGGGGUCCUCUGGCAACAGUACGAAGGUACUGCACGCAUUCUGCAAGACAGGCGUCGUGAGAUGCUCCGAUUACUUCGACAGUCUACCGCCAAUGCACGGAGAACAGUCGACUUUUGGCCGGCGGUGCUUGAAGCGUUUGACUCGAACACCAUCGAUACCCCUUUUGUGGCACUAUACGAGAUCGUCGGAGACGAAGCCAGAAAUUUGGGAACGAGGGGCAUCCCGUCGGGUCACUCUGUUGCGCCACGGGUCAUCGACAUUCCGGCAUACGCGGGGCUGUUCGCCAGCGAAAUACGAGAGGCUCUCCUCGAUGGGAAAAAGAAGGUGAAGAAUAAUCUCCUGGAGUAUGCUUGUAUGCGCCUCCUGGCACGCCGCGGCUUCAAAGCCCCGUGCUCCACAGCAGUGGUUAUCCCAAUAACAUCCGUGUGCGAUUCCGAGUCAUUUCACUCGGAAGCCUUCAUUAUCCUAGGCAUCAACCCGAGAAGGCGAAUGGACGACGAUUAUGAGACCUGGAUCGACCAAAUCCAGGACAAUAUCUCCGAAUAUCUGGCAGGGGUUCGAAAUGCGGAGAUACUGGUGGAGCAGGCGAUGCAAGAGCAGUUGGCUGACGUCGAGAGACGGAGAGCAUCCGAAUUGUCUGACAAGCUCCGUGAGGUUGAGGCUCGGCUUCGAGGGAAUGAAUUGAGAUUCACAGAAUUGUUUAAGUCUAUUCCUGUAGGUCUCCUCGAAAUGGACCGAGACGGAGCCGCAAUCCUUGCUAACGCUGCCUGGCACGAGAUAAUGGGGGUACCCAAGCAAGGCUAUGAGACAACGUGGUGCGAGUCCAUUCAUCCAGACGAUCGGGAAAGGUGCUCACGUCUUAUACACGCUUGGCCACCUAACUACACCACCAUUAGCAGUCGUGGCCAUUUGCCAAUCGAGUAUAGAGUCAUGGAAAAGACAGACGGUGUCUUCAAUAAGCACAAGGUGAAAUGGGUCGUAAGCGAGGUGUUGGCGGUAUACGACGACAAUAGUAAGGUCUUAAAUGGAUUUUAUUCUACCUUGACAGACAUCACUCUACUGAAGCUCGCUGAGACGACGCAAAAGAUGCGAGCUGAUGAAGCAUUGGAGAGGACGAAGCAACAAGAGCGAUUUAUCGACAUGACUUGCCAUGAGCUUCGCAACCCGCUGAGCGCAAUUUUGCAGUAUGCCGAGCUCAUUUUGGAUCGCAUGGACGACCAUGAGAACCAGGGGAUCAGCACCAUCGAUGACCUGGCCGACACCAUCACGGAGGCCUGCAAUACCAUCAUCCUCUGUAUAGCUCACCAGAGGCGUAUCAUUGAUGACAUCCUGGUCACGAGCAAACUGGAUUCUGGCUUGGUGAACGUCGAACCAGUCGAUUUCCAGCCCGAGUUUUAUUUGCGGGAAUCGGUGAGGAUGUACCAGGCCGACGCCGAAUCGAAAGGGAUCGAAAUGUCCUUCAUCGUUGACCAGUCUUUCAAUGAUCUGAAUGUGAAAUGGCUCAAGGGAGAUCCAGCCCGAAUCAUGCAAAUCCUCAGCAACCUGAUCACCAACUCCAUCAAGUUCAUGUCGGGACGGGCAACAAAAAAGCUGGAUGUCAUGGUGGGAGUGUCCCUAGAAGAGCCCACAUCGGUUGGUGAAGUCCAGUUCGACAAGAAUCAUUCAGAAGACAUUUCCGCAGCCACUUCCAUCGUUGACAAUCCCCAAUGGGGUGAUGGGGAGAUUGUGUAUCUGAUAAUUACCGUUCUGGAUACUGGCAUCGGUAUAGAAGAUGACUUCCAAAGAAUUCUUUUCUCACGGUUCCAGCAAGCGCCGAAAACAGAGACGAAGUACGGUGGCUCAGGUCUCGGGCUAUAUAUAUGCAAGAACCUGGUUAGGUUGUUGGGCGGAUCGAUAGAUGUGGCUUCGGACAAGGACUGCGGCGCUCAAUUUUCGUUUUAUGUGGCGACCAGACGAGGUACGAAACCAGAAAUGGAACCAGAAUGGCUUGCUCAAUUGUCCGGAAGGAUGGCGAACUCCCCACGCAAUUCUCGGAAUACAUCUCAGGAACCCGCUAAGGAUUCCGAGCACUCUCCGGCCUCUCCGGGUUCGAGACGAUCUUCGGCAAUCAAUGGAUUUAAGAUCCUCGUCGUCGAGGACAAUGUCAUCAACCAGAAAGUGCUGAGGAGGCAGCUCGAGGCAAGGGGAUGUGUUGUAUUUACUGCCAAUAAUGGACAGGAGGCGGUUGAUUUCGUUCGGAAAUCUUUAUCGGAGCAGCGCGCCGGGUCAGAUGCGCAUGAGGUGGAGAUAUGCUUCAUGGACUGCGAAAUGCCUAUCAUGAACGGAAUAGACGCGACCAAAGAGAUCAGGCGGAUGCAAGCUGUGGGGGUUGUAUCCCGUCACCUGCCCAUACUGGGUGUUUCUGCGAACGUCAGGGGUCCCAAAGUGCAAGAAAUGAAAGACGCCGGAAUGGAUGAGAUUAUAUCCAAGCCAUUCUCAAUCGAUGAACUAAUACGAAGGGCCGUAAUGCUUGUGAAUGCUCAGUACGUGGAGAGCUGGAGCAACGAGCAUGCGGCGGAACUGCGGGAAGCUGUCGGUUCUGUCGGCCUCAUCAUAGGAGAGGGAAGCCGGAAGAACUCCAUCACAGAGUAUUCGGAGCAUAUUCAUUGAAGACAACAGAGGAGGGUUAUGUGUUUUAGGCGUUUGAUUGCGGGAGUUCAAUGGUGUCUGUGACAGCGCUUCGAUUGUUUGCUUGUGGUGUUGAGGAUGGAGUUUUGGGUUGUAUUUUUUAGUGAUA